AUAAUAUCUCCAAUAAGGCAAUCGAUCAAUAUUCCCUGAGCUUAUUUCCAAAUUAAUCUUCUUCUUCUUCUUCAAUGGCGACGAUCAAAGUCCACGGCAACUUCUUCUCAACUGCAACAUUGAGAGUUCUUGCUUCCCUUAACGAGAAAUCGCUGGACUAUGAGUUUGUCCCUGUCGACUUGCGCUCUGGAGAGCACAAGAAGGAUCCCUUUCUUUCUCUCAAUCCGUUCGGUCAAAUCCCGGCCUUUCAAGAUGGAUACCUCAACCUAUUCGAAUCGAGGGCCGUCACUCGGUACAUCGCACAUUCAUACGCUGGAGACGGCAUUCCAUUAGUAUCCUCGGACGCAAAGAAGGCAGCGGUGGAGGACGUUUGGGCGGAGGUGGAGGCUCAGAGGUACGAGCCUCCAGCGGCGAAGCUGACGUGGGAGCUGGGAAUCAAGCCCGUGUUGGGAAUGGCAACAGAUGAUGAUGUUGUCAAGGCCCAAGAGGCCGAGCUGGCUAAGGUUCUUGACGUGUACGAGGCCCGCCUCGCCCACUCCAAAUACUUGGGCGGCGACGCCUUCUCUCUGGCUGACCUCCACCACCUCCCCACCUUGAAAUAUCUUAUGGCCUCGCCGGUUAAGGCGGUUUUCGAGGCCCGCCCUCACGUGGCUGCUUGGGUGGCGGAUAUCAUGGCUAGGCCAUCCUGGCAGAAGGUUUUGGCUUGCUAGUGUGAUUCUACUAUUGGAUUUUAAUUUGUAAUUUCAUGCUUCUUUCCCACUCUGUUUUUCAAUAUGCAUGUUUUGUGUUAAAAACACUCUCUUUACAUUACUCUUGUUUUAGAAAUGCUCUUUACUUC